AUGCUGGGAAGCUCCAAAUCACUAUUCAAGCAGAUUCAUGCUUGUUACAAGAGCACAUCGCCAGAGGCCGAUACCUCGCUACCCGCCGAGCUAGUCAGCGAGAUCGAAAAGUACUCCCUACGUCACCUUGAGUACACCCCCUCAAACCUCAACUCGCUCUCGAAGCUCGCGGAGGAGUUCCACACAGUGUAUGAUUCAUGCAUUCUGCAGUUGUCCACAGAAGCGCCACUCCGAACCUACCGCGAGAUCCUCUUCACCCAAAUCAUGCACCGGCUCCUCCCUGUGUUGUGUCUCGAUAUCACCCAGUUCAGGGACUGGAUCGACCAGCGAGUGCUUUUCUCGCUCAACAGUGCGGGAAUGUCGGCAGAAUUGGUCCACAUGUCGCGACAGUUCAUUGUGGCUAUCCUCAGUUUGGCAGACCCUGCCAGGAAGGAGAGCCAGGCUUCUCUUCACACCGCUAUCACCACCAUGGCCGAUAGUAUCAUCUCUAUGUAUGAAACCCCCGACAUUGUCAUCAACAAAAUGGCUCCUAUAUCGUCCACCGCGGCCGAGUUAGACGAACGCAGGCGCACCAUCCGACUCAACGCAUACAAUCUCGCAAUAACAGGCGACGCUGCCAGUUACUUUAUUGACGCUAUUGAAAAAAGCGACUCGCUACUAUCUUUGUUGCUUCUUAGUGCAAUCUUGAAAACCGUCUACCAGACCAAGGGGUUGCGCCGCUACAACCACCUUCUUGCGCGCUUGGUAGGACUCUUGACGGAAAGUGAGGACGUAGAAGUGGUCAGCGCCAGCUUCAGCUGCAUCAUUUGGCUCUCCCUCCACCGCAAGGAAACCAAGUGUUCGUUGUUCAGGCACCUUUUUUUGGCGCUCAUCUGCACGUUUCAUCGCCUUGGGUCAUUGGAAGGACGUGAGAUAGAGGGAGAGGCAAGGGGUGGGGCUCUGGAGAGUGAUAUGCCAGUGCUCCUGUCACUGAACAGUGAAAUCAUUGGAAAAAAUGAGAUAGAAAAAAGCAGUAAGAACGACCUCGAUACCACGAGAUGCCAUUUCCUUACCAAACAAAUCUUCCUCCUCUUGUAUGGUAACUACCCUCUCACAUUCCUUGCCAUCAUGCGGAACCCCUGCGAGUCGUCCGUUUUCACUGAUACCACAUUUAUGAGUCUCACCUCGUCUGACUUGAUACACAAUGACGCCUUGAUCAAGAAAAAUAUGGCCAGCUUCGCCUCCGGAAAGUGGGAUAUAGCUGCUGUAAGGUCAAUGAGCCAGAGCCUUUUUACAAGCGCGAAGGCACACCCUAAUAUGCUAGCCUAUUCGACCAUAGAAGAAGAAUGGACGGAUCUUAUUGCAGGCUCAAACUUCUAUGCUAAAGAUGACUGGCCAGAGUCGUUGCUAGGGUACGAAAGUACCUCUCUCAAAGCAAGCGAGUUGUUCGACGCCAACAAAGCGCUUUAUCUGAAGGAGUCGUCCAGCCCCACUCUAUACCGAAGCAGAUCCCCGCCAACCAUGGAAGUACCCUCCGAAGAAUUACCCUUUAAGGAAUCGCGACCAGAGGAAAAUUCGGUGCCUUACUACGAGCGUGAGAUUCUCAUUAUGCACAAUGAGCUCCAAUUUUCCGCUUUGCGAGAUGAAAUCUCCAAGGAAACAGAAAUGAAGCUCCAGGCAAUAAUCCGCUCGGAUUCAUAUACGAUUCGGAACCUUCGAGCCCAGCUCUCUACGGGAGCAGUGGCCUCCUCUGCAAUAGGCGACCUAAAUCAGGCCCUAUCUUCAGUUAAGGCAAAGCUCCUACAAGCAAGAACUAGCGAGAAUGCGCUACUCAACAGAAACAAAGAUCUCCUGGACAAGGUCCGGUCUUUGGAAACCCAGAUUGAAGGGUUGGACAUCGAGAAUGAGGCCUUAACGAAAUCGAUUUCUGCCUUGAAAGAUGUUCUAGAUCCCAAAGAAGUGUGCAUAUCGAAGCUAGAGAUGGGUUUACAAGGCCUUCGGAAAGAACUAGAAGCUGAGAAGGAAAAGAAGCUUGCUUCCGACGGCGAGCCGGGCAGAACAAGAAAUGAAGUGAACGGCUCAGAGCACCAGCUCUUCAAGGCAGAGAACGAAAACAAGCGGUUAGAGGCACACAUCGAAUCCCUCAAAAGCGAGAUCCGUGGUCUCCAAAAGCCGCAGAAUGACUCGGAGUCCUCUAUCUCCAGGCCGGAGAAAGCACCGCUGCAUAUCAACAAGAUCAUUCAAUCGUACGAACUCAAGGUCCAGGACUUGCAUAAUUUGAACUCCAAGUACGAGUCUUUGAUUGGCGAAAAGAACGAGAGAAUCCUCCAGCUCUCAACCACCAGGCCAAUCUCGAUUCCGGGAGGAACAACGCACCAUGACUCCGAAGACAGACACGAUCGCCCCAUCUCGAUCAUGAUGGAUCGCCACCAACUGAAAAGUGUUCUAGGAUACGAGAUUCCGUCUCCCCACCCGCCAGCAAUUAACUAUUUCAACCAGCUUCAGAACCCAUCUAUGCAAAGUAGGGCUCCGAUCCUCCCCCAUAUGCCGUAUCAGGCGGGGCACCAGUCUAGCUCGAACAGCUCUAUUAGCAACGAAGAGCAUGACUACAUGUCCCCUGCCAGAAACACCAGUCAAAGGCCGUCUAUUGUUACUACUGGAACGAGUGGAAGUGGCGAGAAGCCCAUUAACUUGUUCAGGGGCAGGGGUGGGAUCCAAAAGCGUAACACAAAGGUUAAGAUGUAG